ACACUGCCCAGAGGGAGCCAUGGCUGCAGAGAACCCCGUGGAAAGUCUCCAGGAGGAAGCAACAUGUCCCGUCUGUCUGGAGUAUUUCACACACCCUGUCACUCUGGAGUGUGGGCACAAUCUCUGCCGAGCCUGCAUCGCCCAGUGCUGGGAGGGACCCGACACAGCCGCCUCCUGCCCUCAGUGCAGAGAAACUGCGCAACAGAGAAACCUCAGGCCCAACAGGCAGCUGGGAAACAUGGUAGAAAUCUCCAAGCGGCUGAGUUUCCAAGUAGCAAAAAGAGCAGGAGGGGAUGGGGUGUGUGAGAGACACCAGGAGACUCUGAAACUGUUCUGUGAAGAGGAUCAAACCCCCAUCUGUGUGAUCUGCAGAGAGUCCCGGGCUCACCGGGCUCACAUUGUGGUUCCCAUACAGGAAGCCGCCCAGGAGUACAAGAAACAAACACAAACCGAGAGGCAGAAGACUGUGUCUGAAUUUCAGAAACUGCGGCAGUUUCUGGAGGAACAAGAGCAACUCCUGCUGGCCCAGCUGGAAAAGCUGGAUGAGGAGAUUGUGAUGAUCCAGAAUGAAAAAUUUGUUAGUCUCUAAGGUGCCACAAGUACU